GCUACUUCGGGGACUAUGUGCAUGGCAGCAUUCCACUUGUAGUUCCUGUUGCAAAAGGUGUUUUCACAUCCUGUCCUAAACUUUUGGGUGAUGUUGCUGGGACUGUUAAACCCCAGAAAUGGCUGUGGCUAAAGGGAUUGAAGGGAAAGGCCGCUAUACUCUCCCAACUGAAACCAAAUAUAAUGGCACAAUGAAAGAUGGAAUGUUUCAUGGCAAAGGAACCUUGUAUUUUCCUAAUAGAAGCAAAUAUGAAGGAAUCUGGGACUGUGGAAUAUCAAAAGAGGGGAAAUACACCUUUGCAGAUGGUCUUGAAUUCAAAGAUAAAAAAUGGCAUUAUUGUGAUGGCUAUGACAGAAGAUUUUAUACAGAAAUCUGUUCCGGCCUAAAACCAGCAGGUAUCUCUCAGCUUACAAAUUUAGAUCCUCCCAGAACGAUUCCACAAGGCUGUUAUGACUGUGGUGAUGGAUUCUAUAAUACUAAUACCAGAGUUGUCAUUGAUUACAAACUCAGGUUUUUGAGGAAUGCAGAUGAUGAUGAACAUGAAUGGAUCAUUCGCACCUGCCGGAAAGGCUGGGAUGAAAUAACUGGAUUUAAACCUAAACAGUGAACACAGCUUUAGCUUCUACCCUGAUUUUGGAAAACAACAUUUGAUUCAACCUUAAGUCUGAAUGUCUUUGUGGAUUUAGAUCAGCCCAUACCAUUAUGUGAUUGUAGUUUUAUAGCCUUUGUUAGCAUAAUAAAACUGGAACCAUCAUUUAAUCAACUACGUUCACGUGAAGCCAUGGAAAUAAGCUUACUAUACUUAUCCUAAUAUUCCUGAGAGGUGUGCAGUGUAGUAGGAUCAAUAUAUACACAUUAUUAAGCCUUAACAUACAAAAAAUUUACUAAAGAGACUGUCUCAAAUUCAGUGCUGAAGGCAUUCAGCUCCAUCUUAGCAUUUUUUCCCCAGUUAUCUGUCCAGGUGUAUUUCUUUACCCUCCUUUUGCUCAGUACUUUGAUAUUGUAAUAACAUACACCAGUUAUUCUUUAAUGACUGGCUUGCUAACUAGGAAAUUAUAUCCAUUUACCAGGAACAUUUGUUGAACUCGCCUUUAACAAAAUAAUAAAAGAGAAAAACUGGGUGGGUUGCCGUUUGAUUAGUAAGCCAGAAAAUAUUUUAAAAUCAAAUAAAGUGGAAUUACAUCAUUGUCUUGAUGUAAGUGCCAGCACUUCUACUUGCAUGAACUUUAUUUAUUACACAAAUCAGACAUUUACAAAGCACAACAUUAAAAGUAUGUAACAAAACAGACAUUGGUUUUACAAAAAAGUGCUUACAAUUUAGUUUUUGUUUUUUCAAUAAAUACUAGUCUCGACUGUCCACUCAUUCAAAAGGAUUUUUUAACCAUUGUAGCCAAGACAUGUGUAAUUGCAACAUGCUACAACAAAAUGAUCUGCUUUUGAAAUAAAAUUCUGAGAAGUGUUUAUAGUUGGCCUCGUAUUACAAGGUCUGAAUAUAUCAGUGACAGCAGUAGUGCUAUUUAGCCCCCACCCCGAGCAUUACGUUGUGUAAGCAUCAUUAGCUAGGGCAUUGGGGUUAACCACCGUGAGCCAAAAAUCAACAAAAUGUUUUGGGAAUAAAAUUUUAAACCACUCCAUUUUCA